UGCAUUUUGGUUUUUAUUUUGAAUUCCAAUUGGCAAUUUGUGACUUUGUGAGUUAUUAAUUUACUUAUUACCAUAUCCCAUCAUACGUUCUGUCCCUGCACACUGCAAUAUUGUGCAACUUGUUUUGAUCCUCUUCUCGAGUCUCGACAUCGUUUGUUCAUUGCAGUUGUAUUCGCUAUUAAUUCGAUCAAUUGCAUAAACGAGCUCCUGUGAUCAUGUUUUUAAACAAAAUAUCCAAGUGCCUGACGACAAAGGCCAACAGCGUUCCGUGUCUUUUCUAUCAUAAAAAUGUAAUUGAUCAUUAUGAAAAUCCCCGUAAUGUUGGGUCGUUGAAUAAAAAUGACAAAAAUGUCGGAACUGGAUUGGUCGGUGCACCUGCAUGUGGUGAUGUCAUGAAGUUACAAAUUAAAGUGGAUGAUAAUGGUAGGAUUGUUGAUGCCAAGUUUAAAACUUUCGGCUGCGGAUCUGCUAUUGCUUCUAGUUCACUAGCUACAGAGUGGGUUAUGGGAAAAACUGUUGAUGAAGCACUUUCCUUAAAAAAUACGGAAAUCGCAAAAGAACUAUCUUUACCUCCAGUGAAGCUUCAUUGUUCAAUGUUGGCUGAGGAUGCUAUUAAGGCAGCAUUAUCAGAUUAUCGUAUUAAACAACAAGAGAAGAAAAAAUCAGAUCAAGAAUAAUGAAAGUGUUAAGUUAAUAUUUAAUACUACUGCAUAUAAUAAUAAUACAUUGCUGCUGUAAUAUAAAAUUGUAUUCAUUGUUUUUAAAAUAAUUAUAUUUUUCUUUUAAACUUUUAAAUUACAAAAAGAAAAAUGUUGUUAAUUUUCAUUUUUAUAAAUGUUUAUUGUAGUAAUUAAAACAUAAUCUAGUGUUCUAGUAAUUUUGAUUUAAAAUAAAUUAUUAAACAUUGGAAAAUUAUUAUUUUCUGGUAUAAUUCUAAAUCAACUGAAAAUAAAUUAUUUUUAUUGUUAUGAAUAUUUUCAAAAAAGUGUAAGUAAAUAGUUACCUAUCUUGUUUGUUUUUGAUUAAAUUGUAGAAUUAAUUGUAAAAUUAUUAAUAAGGCUUUGGUAUUUAUGACUAUUUUAUUCAUAAAAUUAUUCUACAAAUUUGAAUUAGUGUAGAUUUAAAAUUUAUUAACUUAUUUUGUAUGUAAUUAUGUAUGGUAUAUUAGUCAAUGUUGAGCAUAUUAUAGGCAUAUAGUAAAUAUUAAAAUAUAGUACUACUUUUAAUACCAUAUUUAUUAUAAAUUCUUAUUCAUAGUUCAUGGUAUAAUAUUGAUUAAUUGUAUUAUUAUAUCUACUUAAAAAACAAUUAUGAACACAUUUUCGAUUGUAUUAUUAAUAUAUAUUUUAAUGAACAUUUGGUUAUCAUCUGAACCAAUGGCUUGCUAAAGUAGGUUUUUGAAGCAAAUGUCUCGAGACCGAAAUGGGUUAGUAUUGGUGAAAUAAUUUAGCUUGAUUUUUAAAGUAAUAUUUACACUAUUAAGUAUUUAAGUAAAUAAAAAUGUAGAUUAAAAGCUGUGGGCGGUCAAAAGGUAGUUUGCCCGAGGUCUAAAAAUUGUUCAGCACAGUACUGAUCUGAAUGAUAUUUGUUAUGUAUUGAAUAUAAAUUCAAUUCAAUUGUAAUACCUUUAAUGUACUAUUCAAGGGUAUAAGUUUAAGGUAGCAAUAUAUAUGUAUGUAUUUAGUCUUAUUUAAUAUUUUCCAAAUUUACCCAUAACUAUUAAAGGAAAAAAUUAAACAUGUACAAGAGAUUUAUUGUAAGCAUCUUAAUAGUCUAUAGUUACGAUCAGUGUUUUUUAACCACUAUGCUGUAAGCAUCAUUGAAGUGUGCUGUUUUUGAUUUUUUACAUAAUAUAAGGAUUGUAGUGCAGCAAACAUAGGAUUUAAAGGGUUGAAAUCGGUAAAAUUAAGUUUUAGUUAUUUAUAAUUAUUAUUUUUUUUUUUAUUUGUGAUGAAAUUUUUUGUUCAUAAAUGGUUGCUCUUGGUUUUUAAUAAUAAUAAUAAUAAUUAGUUGUAAUAAUAAAGUGGUAAAUGUGUCAACA